GUGCAUAUAAGCUUGACAACGGUGAAGCAAGUGAGAGGAUGUAUAUAUAUGUAGGUGUAUUACACAUGUGUGUGUAUUGUGUGAGUUCAGACCAGCGGAAGGAGUGAAGUGUAGGUGGUGAUUGUGUUACGUGCGUCCACAUAUAUACGGAAGUAAUAGGGGUCACUCACAGAACAAGUGAUAACGCAAGGGAAUGUAUAGAGGCCGUGCUGCACACGCAUUGUUUUGUUGCAGAAGGGCGAUAUUGCACUUCUCAAAGAGAAACACGUGCACAAACUGUACAUAUACUGUUGCGCAGUUAUGAGUGGAGAUAACGGGCAAAUAUCGUCAAGUGCAGUUUGUGGGACCCAGACGUUCCAAUUCCAAUUAGCUUGAACGGCCAUUUCAGGUAAUCUUCGCUGACAUGAAGAACCAUGGCUAGACGGAGGAAGCUUUCCGCCAUAGUGAUCGGGGCACUCGUGGCACUCCUGCAACUGGUGUGCAUCACAAGCGCAUACGCAGUGUCUCCUACUCGUUGCUUGUUUUCAAAACGUCUCAACAGCACGGCCGAAAAUGAAUUACAAGGUAUGACUUUGGAAAACUGUGUUGUGAAUGGCGAAGACAAGAGCAAUACAUCGUCCUGCACACUACCACACAACAGUUCUAUUGCGUCGAUCCGGCAUUUGUGUCUCUGUGGCAGGAAUAGGAACCUGAAAAAUUCUCAUUUUGAUUGUGAUGUCCGUACAUGCUGUAAGACUAAAGAAGAUUGGAUAUGUCUUAAUGGUGGCACACUGGAUAUUUGUGAAGAUUAUUACUUCGAAUGUAAAUGUGAUAUCCCCUUUUAUGGAAAGCGGUGCGAGUUGGUUGAUGUGAAUCGAGAAUGUGUAUCAGAUACGUCAGGUGAUGAACUGUUAGGAUGCGAUAACGCUGGGGAGUCGACGAACUCAUGUUUGCAUAUAGUAAACCAGAAUCGUUUCCUCUGUGAAUCACCGGUGGACUCACAAUCAGAGGUGAGCAGACUCCAACUGCCUCAAUGUCACGAAAUUCCUGAGGGAGGUAUGGAAACGGAAAUCACUGUUGUAAGUUCCGUAACGCAGACACCCGACGAAGGUCCGGUAACAAGAGGAAAUUGGUCAGACUGGUCGCCGUGGUCAGGCUGCUCUAUGGCGGACGAUGCAGUGUCAACGGGACCCUGUUUGUGUCGUAAAAGGGAAUGUCGGGACGAGAUGUGUCAGGGAGCAGGAGUAGAGGUGUCUAACUGUACAGAGCAUGGACAUUGGACGGACUGGACACCAUGGUCAGCGUGUUCAGCCACCCGUGGAAGAAUGGGCGAACGGACCAGAUAUAGAUUCUGCAGUAACCCUGCUCCCAAAUAUGGUGGCAGGCCAUGUGAUGGCAGGUCAGAGAGUACGGACAUUCAGAUGGAGAGUUGCGCCCAUGACUGUCCAGUGUCCGGAUCAGAGCUACAGAUGACAGAAUUCUCCUCGUGGGCCAAUAUGACAUUUGAGGAGGGUGUUCCGGGCUGGCUGAGGGUGCGGACUAAGCUAGUAUGCAAGGCCCCAGGGGGCGAACUGGAGGGCCUAGAGGAGGAAGAGGUGGCUCGGGCCUGUUAUCUACUCAAGGUCUCAGUGGAACACUGUCACACAGAGGGAUGUGUUCCCCUUAAGGGUCUUCGCAAACUCAUAGAAAACAAUUCGGCAUCGGACAUGUACAGACCUGAAAUUGAAAGGCCUUUUGUGAAACCAGACAACUGAUAAAUGUGUCACCGGAAAUGAUGUGUUGUCACACCGAAACAUUGGAUGUGCUUGAUAUGGAUAAUGAAAUCUAGCCAACAGACACCGGGAAUUAAGUGAUGGUUCCCAACCUAGUCUGCAUUCUUAAACCUACAGUUUUUACCCAAUUUAUAUAUUGGCUUGCGCAAAAAACGCUGAGAAACAAGUUUCCGGAACAAAAGUCAAAUGAUUUGGUUUGGUGGUCACAUGGUUCAACGGGGGGAUGCGUAUCUUUAUUACCACCGGCUCGUGAGAAAGGCAGCCGAAAACAUGCACAAGUGUAUUGCUUUGACAGCUCUCGGAUUAACUAUGUUUAACGGAAGGCAUGCACAUGCUUAGCAUGUGAGGUACGUAUCUUAAAGCCAAUCGAAUCCGGAGAGAACACGACAGUAUUGAGGACUAGUUACACAUACAGUAUAGCACAUAGUGGUGGGAGUGCACCAAUUCAUCAACGCACUAUUCUGUGAAAAUUUGAUAAUGUGUUUAAACUUGAACAUGACUGGAUCUGAAACAACUGAUGCUGUUGUGUCGUCGGAAUAUUCUUUAAAUCUGAGACGUUUUGUUCUGAACAAAUGGCAUGCUCACCAAAAAGGGCAAAGUUUCAUGUUACCAGAAGUUUACGUUGUUUGCUAUGGACAAGAAGGUAUGUAGGAUGUGUUAUAAUUAGAUUCUUGUCAAUGUUCAGUACCAUGAAUAUAUUUCUGCUAUAAUAUACAUUGAAAUGAAGUUGUUAAUUAAAAGAAUGGCUGCCACAUCAUCAACAUGAUAAGACUUAUUCAAAUGGCAAUGCUUUUUUAUCAGAAAUACAAAAAUGUUUUGUAUUUAUACAUGUGGCAGAUUUGAAUCGUAUAGUAUAGGAUUGCGGUCGCCUCCUAGCUCCGAGCUAGAGGGAAUUUCCCUUUAGCUCAGUGGUAGAGCGUCCAACUUGGAACCUAGGGAUUGUGGGUUUGAUUCCCGGUGGAAGCACACUAUUCUCUUUCCCGUAACAUACAUUUAUAUUUAUACAUUAUGUACAGUGAUUUUAAGUAUAACGUAUUACGUCAGCAAGUGUCAUGUGAUUUCAUCGAGGUACAUAUGAUGUCAUCAAGUGAUAUAUGACGUCACACAUGUCUUUAAGUAAUUUGUUAUCUGUGUAUAAAU